AUGCCAACUGACCAGUUACAGACUAUUGAACAAGGAAGCAAAACUCUCAUUUGCAUCUUAUUCACAAAAUCUGAACAUCCAUCUCCUCCUGAACGCAUCUUCUUGGACUUUCCUGGAUAUUCAUUGAUUCAAAUCAUUGACGGCUCAAAUCCAAGCAAAUGCUACAAAGCGACUUCAAAAAUUCCGCAACAGAUCCCCCUUUUCAGCAGACGCAAAGCGAAUUUACAAGAAGAAAACAUAUUACUCGCAUGCCUCCCCAUCACUAAGGUGGGCCUUAUGUUAUUAGGGCGAGUGGUUAGAGCGCUCAAGUGGCUAGAGCUCAAAUCUACUGACAGGAAGGUCCGUGAUUCGAAUCCGACCUCCGCCUCUCGACUUCCCCUGUCUAGGCUUGGGCAACCUGGCAGUAUCCCAGCCCUCGUGCUUCCUUCGGGUGGCAUGGCAGCUAGGCACCGGAAGGGUGCUACAGCUGAACGCUUUGUUUCUCUUAUAAGUGAGAUACUUCGUAUUGAUUUUGUAGUCAUCGAGAAAUACACUCAUUUGCAAAUCAAGUUGGUUUUCACCAGAGACUCAACUGAAUCUCUCGCUUAUGAUAUUCUACAACUGAAUGUGCUGCACACAGGCUGCCUCAUUAUUCAUUUGGCACGAUAUUCGAGAUAUCGCAGUAUAUUUUCCUAA